AUGACUAAGAACGAAUUGAUGAAGUUAUUAGGAAUAGAAGCAUUAAUGAAAAAAAAUUCUAAAAAUAAAGAAUUUGAGACAAUGCUAGAUAUUGUAUGUGACUUCCUAGUAUGCUGCAGAAAGUUGACAGGAGGUGUUUUGCCACCACAAGAAAGCACAAUAUCUAAAGCAAACUCGAGCUUAGUUACUAAUGAUACUAGUACAACAGAAUCCACUAAAAAUUCAUAGCAAUAAUAGCAGCCAAUAGUAGGUGGAGCUAAUGCUCUAAGAAAAGCUGGUUCUUAAGUACGAAAGCCAAUUCCAUAACCAAAUUAAACAGCUAAGACUUAAGCGAACUGGUUUUAACAGAAGCAAGAAGCUGAAGCUAAACCUGUAAUUGAGAAAAAGCCUGUGAAUCUUUAAAAACAUAAUAGUAAUCAGCAGGCUGAAGUAGAUGACUGGGAUUUAGAAGAGGACUCGAAAGCUGAUGGAUAUCUACCAGUUACUAAAACUAGAGUUCAAAAUCAGUAAUAAGAUCCUUGGGGUCAUGUUUAAGCUAAUAAUAGACCACAAACUAGCAAUAUAAUAAGUGGAUAAUAGAGAUAUAUACCUAAUCCAUAAUCAAUGAAAAGGAAAGCUUAGGCUACGAAUGAUGCUGGCGAUAUUGAUGAGUUAGAUGAUUUAAUGGGUUUCGGAGGAGGAAGUGAAGAUAAAAAUCCUGGGAAAAAGCCUGAUCAAAUGAGAGAUACUCUUGGAUUCUUAAAAAAGUCAGAACAGGAAAAGAAGUUAAGAGAAGAAUAGAAAAAACAAAAUCAAUUAGACUAGAAUUAGCAAUAUAAAAAUAUGAAUGAACUAAAAUAUUAGCUGUCUGGAUAUGUACAAGAGAAUGAUGGAUAGUUUGAUUACAAUAUGGGAGCAUUAUCUGCAUCAAGUAGACAAAAUAUUAGACAAUAUUACUAAGAUUCAAACAUAACAUAAACUGAAAGCUAGGAGAUAAGAAAGCUGCUAUUCAAAAACCCUAACAGCAAUUUCCAUGACUCUUGGCAUUAAGGAUUUUUCUUCGAUUAAAAACUCAAUUAUGGCAUAUACUAGAAAGAAGGAGGACCUUGUGGUAUUCUUGCAACUGUAGAAGCGUUUUUCCUUAAACAUUUGCUCUAUAUUUCACAAAUAUAACUUUCUAAAAUUCCAAAGGAAAAAAGAGAUAACUAUAUAGCCGCAGCAAUAGUAGACAUCCUUUUAAAUUCUACAGAUGAGAAUAAAUAUAAAAUUAAUCUAGUGAUACCUGCAAGCUCCCAAAAUCCUAAGAAUCCAAUUAUCCCGACAUAAUGCUAAAAACUCAUAAUAAAAACUUUUGACAAGAAAAUUCUAUUUGAUAUUGUCAAGGAUAACAUUAACUAUUUUGUGAGUGCAGAUGGGCAUGGAGUAAUUUUGCUUGUGUACUCAGCUAUUUUAACAAAAGGAAUUGAUAAUAUUAAAUCAGAUAUGGACGUUUAAGAUAACGCACUUCUUACAGAGCAUGGUUAUGCAUCUUAGGAGCUUAUUAAUUUAAUGCUUGUCGGAAAAUCUGCAAGCAAUGUUUUUGAUGGAGAUAAGGAUAUUGGAGAUAACUUUAUUUUAAAAGGAAUCCAUAAGCAAUCUGAUGUCGGAUUUUUAACUUUGUUUGAGGCAUAUGGAUAUUUUUAGGUUGGAAAUUUUCUCAAGAAUCCAAAAGUUCCUAUUUGGAUAAUAUGCUCUGAGAGCCAUUAUAGUGUAAUUUUCUCAACUGAUUUCUCACUUGCUUCUAAAAAGCAGCAAGUUUUCGAUCUAGUAUACUAUGAUGAACUAGCGAGACAAGAGGAUGAUUAUAUAAUGACAGUAAAGCUUGGUGCCUACAAGGGACCAAUCAAUCUUUAGGAGACUACAGAAAUGAUUCCGCCAAUAGAUGCUGUAAUUAGAACGAAAUGGGAUCAUGGCUUAGUGAGCUGGAAUGGCAGACAAGCUAUUCUCUGA